AUGAAGCCCGCCAUCCUCUCCCAGGACGACCUGAAGGAGAUGCUGAAGCAUCCUUACCGCUCGCUGGGGAAGGGCGCCCAGGGCGCUGUGUACCUGGUGAAGUACAGGGGCGCCGACUGCUGCCUCAAGCUCGCCAGCAGGCAACAGGACCCCGAGAGGUUCCUGUACGAGGGGGAGGUGUUGAGGAAGAUGAAGGGGGCAGGCGGCGCCCCGCGGCUGCUGGCAGCCACAGAAGAUGAGGGCCGGCGCCUGGGCCUUCUGAUCACCUUCUGCGGGGACGACACUUUCAUGCAGCUGUCCCGCGUGGCGCGCACCGACCAGGAGAUGCUGCACGCCUUCAUCCAGCUGUGCCGCGGCGUACACAAGGUGCACGCCCGAGGGUACGUACACAACGACAUCAAGGCUAACAACGUGGUCGUGCGCCGCGACGCCCACGAUGGGCGUGUGCACGUGUCCCUUAUUGACUACGGCCUGGCACAGAGGAAGGGCGUGCCCCUGCUCUCACACGUCCGCACGUACAACCGCCUGGCCUGGAUGGCGCCGGAGGUGUACCAGUGUGCGCCGUGCCGUCCCUCCAUGGACGUGUACUCGCUGGGCCACCUGCUGAAGGAAGUCCUGGCCCAGUGCAAGGGUUCGUACCCCGAGCUGCAGGAGGUGGCCCAGCGUGCCAUGGCCACGCUGCCUCAACACCGCCCCUCCCUCAAGGCCCUCACAAAGAUUCUGGAGCGCUGCCUGCUCCCCAGCCCUCCCUCACCCUCUCCCUCCUUCCAGACCCGCCUGCGCUCUUUCCUUGUCACUGUAGGGAAAGUCCUUUGCAUCAAGAAAAACACCAGUGAAGCAUUCGAUUGA